AUGCUCGCACCGGUGACGCCGGCGGAGCCGCCGCCUUUUUCCUUCUGCCGUCUUCCGCCGCCCUUCCGCCGCCUUUCCGCCGCGGAAGCGAUGGCACCUCCUUCGAUCCUCGAAGGCAAAGGCAUGGCGUAUGGCACACGGGCGGCACAGAGGGGAGCCACCAGGGGUUGCACCACGGGUCUGUUCGCGCUCGGACUGCGGGGGCGUCGUGCGGAUCGCACCGCCGAGCCUCCUGCCGGGCUCAGGAGCCGCCCGCGGGGGUCAGACCACGAGCCUGCUCGUGCGCAGCAUGUGCGGCCGUCUGCGGCACCAGCCGCCCAGACGUGCAUCCCAGUGCUGGCAAAGUCCGUGUCCAUGCGCGUCUGGCACGAGCGAGUCUGA